AUGGCAUCAAUAGGGGAAUUCGACCCUCUCAACACCCGAGUCCCUGCAACUAAAAUAGAAGUUACCGUAUCAUGCAGGAAUCUACUGGAUGUGGAUACAUUCUCCAAGUCAGAUCCGGUGGCCGUGCUGUAUUUGCAGGGUGUGGGAACCAAAGAGUGGAGGGAGUUUGGCAGGACAGAAGUAAUCGAUAACACUCGGAAUCCAGAUUUUGUCAGGAAGUUUGUCCUGGAUUUCUUCUUUGAAGAAAAACAAAAUCUAAGGUUUGAUGUGUACAAUGUGGACUCCAGAAGCUGUAACAUUUCCAAAUACGACUUUCUGGGCCAGACCUUCUGUACCCUUGGAGAAAUCAUCGGUUCCACUGGAGGACACCUGGAGAGGAGUCUCUCGAUAGGGUGGUUCUUGUUAAAAAAACGUUCCACGAAAGGACGUCCAUCAGUUUCUGGCGGUGGGAUUCCAGGGAAGAAGUGCGGAGUCAUUAACUUCACUGCAGAAGAGCUCAGUAACUGCAGGGAUAUUGCUACCAUGCAGUUGUGUGCCAACAAGCUGGACAAGAAAGACUUUUUUGGCAAGUCAGACCCCUUCCUGGUUUUCUACCGGAGUAACGAAGAUGGAACGUUCACCAUCUGCCACAAGACAGAGGUGAUCAAGAACACACUGAACCCAGUUUGGCAGCCCUUCACCAUCCCCGUUAGAGCUCUCUGCAACGGCGACUAUGACAGGACCGUGAAGGUAGACGUCUUUGACUGGGAUCGAGAUGGAAGCCAUGACUUCAUUGGCGAGUUCACCACCAGCUACAGAGAGCUGUCUCGGGGGCAGAACCAGUUCAAUGUCUACGAGGUUUUAAAUCCCAAGAAGAAAGGCAAAAAGAAGAAAUACAUCAAUUCUGGGACUGUAACUCUGCUGUCCUUCAAAGUGGAGUCCGAGUACACCUUUGUGGAUUUCAUCCGAGGAGGAACACAGCUGAACUUCACAGUGGCUAUAGACUUCACAGCGUCCAAUGGUAACCCAUCUCAGCCCACCUCCCUCCACUAUAUGAGUCCCUACCAGAUGAAUGCAUAUGCCAUGGCCCUGAAAGCAGUGGGUGAGAUUAUCCAGGACUACGACAGUGACAAGCUCUUCCCUGCCUACGGCUUCGGAGCUAAGCUGCCCCCUGAUGGCAAAAUCUCCCACGCGUUCCCACUGGGCAGUGACAAAGAAGAUCCAAACUGUGUGGGUAUAGAGGGGGUUCUGGAGGCCUACUUCGAGAGCCUGAGGACAGUACAGCUGUACGGACCCACCAACUUCGCACCUGUUAUCAACAAAGUGGCAAACUGCGCAGCAGAGAUUACAGAUGGCUCUCAGUACUUUGUCCUGUUGAUGAUCACAGAUGGAGUGAUAUCCGACAUGGUCCAGACCAAAGAGGCUGUGGUCAAUGCAGCAUCACUCCCACUGUCCAUAAUCAUCGUAGGUGUUGGGCCUGCUGAGUUUGAUGCUAUGGAGGAGCUGGAUGGAGACGAGGUGAGAGUAUCCUCCAGAGGACGUCUUGCUGAGAGAGACAUUGUACAGUUUGUUCCAUUUAGAGAAUAUGUGGAUAGAUCUGGCAACCAGGUCCUCAGCAUGGCCCGGCUGGCUAAAGAUGUCCUCGCCGAGAUCCCCGACCAGCUGCUGUCUUUCAUGAAGAGCCGAGGAAUUGAACCGCGGCCGGCCCUGUCCAACUCUCCGCUACCGCAGCUGCACCAGCAUAUCUGACCCCGACACAGCGGUCACUCAUAUCUCCGCCUCUAUCUCCACCUUUCCGCUUAACCACGCUCACCUCCCCGCACGGUUAUUUUUCACUCAUAAAAAGGAGCAGCCUUUCAACCUGCGACUUGCCCUCUCCUCUCUUAUCGCCGGCAAAAGUUAAACAGGCACAUCACAGCGGAGCAGCGGGCGCUCAUCCCUGACUUUCCUCUCUAACUCACCCUGUUAUGUACCAUUACUUUUCAUUUACUGUAUGAACGAACAGUGAGACUGAACCAUGACCGACCCCUCUCCUCCCCGCU